AUGUGCACAAUUUUCAAAAGUGGUGAAGUCAACCAGGUUGGGCGUGGCAAUGUAUUUGCGCUUGAUCGGCAACUAGUGCUACCAACAUGCGAACGUCCUUUACCGCUUGCUCCAAAUUUGGAAUUUCAACAACUUCCAAAGCCGACCGAGGCAGAGAGCGAGGCUAAGAAGGCGCAGUUGCUUGCCAUGAACACAACUGCGCCCUUGACCAUUAUAGACGAAAUUGCUUUGAGCGGCACCGUGUUCUAUUUGAAAGAUAUCUCAAAAAUGCCUGAUGCUGCACAUCUCAAUUACAGACUUGUGUUUGCGAAAGCACCAAUUCCAGAAUGCGUCUCAGUUCCAGUCUUUCAAAGAGCAAGUCAACGCAGGCUCUACUUUGGUGACAUUUACAAUGUGACCGGAUACACAUUCUUGGAUGCAUACGCGUUCACCGACCGCUGUGCUUGUGCAGGAAUUUGCUGUGGACAAGUGCCCAUAUACGAGAAAUUAGCUUUGGAAAACUAUUUAUAUAGUGUUUCCAAACCAAUUAGCCAGACAACCGAAAUGAACCAAACUCUGUACAUUGCCGGCACUCUGUUUGCCAGCAACAGAACAGACCAGGGCAUGAGCAAAACUGGUUGUUAG